UUACAUUUCAAAUUGAGUAACCUCAUGAUGAUCUCUUUACGCAGAUAUGGCCUCCGCUCAAGCAUCACCCUGCGACACUGGCUCAAUCGAGAAGCACGUCACUUGCACCAUCUGUAUGGAUGUGUUUGUGGAUCCUGUCACUCCACGUUGUGGCCACUCCUUUUGUAAGAAAUGUCUGCUCAGCAACUUUUACAUGACGUGUCCCCGGUGUAUGAAGCCUCUACUCACAACCCCAGAUGUGAACAUCGCCCUGAAAAACAUCGCUGAAGAGAUUAAAAAAAAGAUCCCAGAGAAAAAAGAUGAGUACGCUGGGGCGCCCGGAGAAGUGGCCUGUGACGUUUGCACAGGGCGAAAGCUGAAAGCCAAGAAGUCGUGCCUUGUGUGCCUCGCCUCGUAUUGUUCGACCCACCUGCAGAAUCAUUCUGCGACUCAAAGGUUAAAGGGCCACAAGUUGGUGCAACCUGUGGAGAACUUGGAUGAGAGGGCCUGUCUGCAGCAUGGACGCCCUUUAGAGCUGUACAGCAGGACAAAGGAGAGAUGCAUCUGUGUCCUCUGUAUGGAAGACGACCAGGAGGAGGUGGUUCCUACUGAAGAAGAAUGGAGCAGGAAGAAGGCUGAGCUUGAAAACCCCAAGACUGAGUUUCAAAAGAAAAUUGAAAACAGAAGAACACGGAUGGAUAAGAUUAAUGCAUCUCUUGAGAGCUGUGAGGACCAGCUGCACGAUGAAUAUGGGGAUAUUGAUGCUGUGUUCACAGCUGUGAUUGCAAUGGUGAAGGAAACCCGUGACAGAGCCCUUCAGCCGCUAAAGGACAGGAGGCAGGCUGUGGAAAAGGAGGCAAAAGACAUCGAGAAGAAGAUGAAAGCAGAGGUUGACCGGCUUGAGAAAACCAUCUCUGAGCUGGACGAUAUAUCUGCACUUGAGGAUCACAUCCUUUUCCUACAGAAGUACCCAUCUCUUCAAGACCUGGACAACAUCAAAGAUUGCCCAGAGGUAGAGCUGGACACGUCACUGUCAUUUGGCACCAUGAGAAAAAUCACGACCGCCAUGUUGGAAUCAAUUCAACAGGAACUGGAGCGGCUGACCCCCAUUGAGAUUCAAAGAAUUCCAAAGUUCACAAUGGAUGUGAGGCUGGAUCCAGCCACUGCGCACCAACACCUCAUUCUUUCUGAUGAUGGUAAGGAAGUCAAAGAUGGAGAAGAAGACCAGAAAGUUCCUGAUUCUCCAGAGAGGUUUGAUGUGUUUGGCAGCGUCCUGGGUCUUAACAGGUUGACCUCUGGGAAGUCCUACUGGGAGGUGGAGGUCAGAAACAAGACUGGAUGGGAUCUGGGUGUAGCAAGAGGGGACGCAAACCGAAAGGGAAAACUAACGCUGACCCCAGACAAUGGGUACUGGGUUACUGUGCAUUUUGAAGAUGAGAAGUACGCAGCCCUGACAUCUCCACCAGCUCGUCUGUCCCUGACAGAGAAGCCUCAGAAAGUGGGAGUGUUUGUGGAUUAUGAGGAGGGUCUUGUGUCCUUUUAUGAUGUGGCUUCCAAAUCUCACAUCUACUCGUUUACUGACUGUUCAUUCAACGGCAGGAUCUUCCCAUAUUUCAGUCCCCAUUUGAAACAAGAUAAGAAAAACACGGAUCCCUUGAUUAUUUCUUCUGUGAAAAAGUGUAAGCAGGACAGGGAUCUGUCAUGAAGAAUAUUUGUUAUGGGUAUCAAAUUCAGGCUGUUAAAAAGUUAUGCUUGGUAGAAUUUAAUUUGGAAAUGUGUGUCGAUUUCUGCCCUUUAAUGCUUGUUGGGUUGAAAAGUAAAAACCAAUUCCAAUUUUGUAAAAGUUUAACAUUUAAAAUGAUCUGCAAGAUACAAUGUGAAAUCCUUGGGGAGUGCCUUGGAUCUUCUGUGUUUGCCUAUUUGAGGACCCACGCAGCGCUCCUAACCUUUGAUGUCUUAAAUAAGUUGUUCAUUUCCGAUGUUAAACUUAAUCUGUAUUAUGCAAUGAUAUGUUUCAGUAGCAGGGCAGAGGAACAGAGAGUGGUUUGUAGCUUUUUUCCCUAGAAAUGAAACCGAAACUAAAAAAAUGUACCAAAUUACAUUUUACACAAAAUAUGAUGCAAUCUCAAAAAUGAUUGCAUCAUAUGAUGAAAUACUUAAAAGUUUGCACCAAAAAAACGCCUUUAUAAGUAAUAAGAAAAUGCACUUCAAUGACUCUUAACAGUAAAUAAAGAGAAAAUUGUUUUUUU